AUGGCGUCACAUAAAAUUGAAGACCUGCACAGUACUAUGCUGGAAAAACUGCUUUCGGAGUCAGGACUACAGUGUCAGAGGUCACCCCAGGAGUCACUGAUGGCCGAGUCGCUGUCAGCUGAACCUGAGGAAAUCGCAGCGCCUGAAGAGAAAAUAGAAGCUGUAACAGAAGUAUCCUACGAAGAAGAAGAGACAGCUGUACGGAUAGAAGAGAGCGAGGAGGAGAGACCGGAGAUAUUCCCGUCCCCCUCACUCCGCCGAGUUCUGCCCGAUAGAAUCCGACAGAUUGAGGAAGUUAACAGGAUUCAUGUGUUGCCGAAAGUGUUUAAAACUGACAUAGAUCCACAGGCCAUACCGAAAAUAGCUUACACGGCACAGCAGAGGUGUAUAGAGAUAUUGGCCGAUCUAGUCGGCUGCAAGAAAUAUAAGAGUAGUUUGGCAGAGUUCUGGUUCUUGGACACAAUGGCUAACCUGCUGAGGAGGGCGCAGAAUGAUGAGCUGGAUCGACCAACUCAAGCAGUACUGAUCCUAUGGUUUUGUGAAUGGAUGAAGGAGAUGCAAUACUUUGAUGCGGCUGAUCGGCAACGAAUGCUUAAACGUUUUAAGGACAACAUGCUAUCAGCAGCCCGCUUCAUCGCCGAGGCGGACCACCUCCCCACGCCAGCCGAAGCCGGGGUAUACUACCUGAGUGAGGAGGAACGUGGCAAGAACGCAGUUUCCACUAUCACCACAGACGCGAGGCAUCUCGUGACCUUUGAAGGGGCCGCUUACGAAUGCUCUUUAAGGGAUUUGACCAAGAUUAUCCAUUAUAUUUUCGAUCUAUUCAGCACAGACUACCAAUAUAACCUGGUACGGUCGGUGUUCACCUUCACGCCUGAGUACCUCCUCAUCGACUCUCCGCACCAGGUCCAAAACCCGAAGAGGAUCUACGCGCCCUUGAAGAUCAAACCGAAGAAGGACAAGCCCAAGAAAGACAAAGCGACUCCUAAAGGGAAGAAGAAGGAAAUUGAUACUGAGGAGUAUCUGGCUUUGAUGGAGCUCAAAGCGAGAGACGAGCUCGCCCAAGACGAGCAGGAGGAACGGGAGAGAGAAGACUGGAAUAAACGUAGUCACAUUCUGCCGCUCGGCUUCGCCGCUACUGACGAGUUGUUCGACAAGUACUGGCCGCCGCCCACGCCGGAGCCCGAGCCUGAACCCGUCGUGGACACCAAGAAGAAGGGAAAGAAGAAGUAG